AUGGAAAAUAAAUUUGAAUUAUUGAUCGAUAAUGCAAUUGAAAAAUUUGAUUCUGUAAAUGUCAAAGUGCAAGGCGUUCUUGUCUGUGAUAAAAAUGGUUUAGCCUUAACAAAUCGAGGUGUUGAUGUAUCACCGGGACCCAUUGCUUUGCUGUCGGAAUUAGCAUCGGGUCUUUCGGGAAGACGAGUAACUGUUUGUCUCGAAAAUGUAGAGAAUCAGGUGCUUAUUAAUCAAACAGAAAAGGCCGUUAUUGCAAUUUAUCAUCAUUUAUGA